AUGGUCACAGCACGAAGCAUGAACAAACAUGGCACAAACAAUAUUUUCGUUGUCGUGUGCGUCUUCAUUACUCUUUCGAAAUUCCAAAACUCCAAAUUCCGUACUCAAAAAACUUUGUAUCAUAAGACGAUGUUCUACAUUUAAGAGUGUAUCCGAGGUUUUAAAAUUGGAUGCAGGAGCAAUCGGGCAAGUUAUCAAGAACAAGGGAUGGGUACGAUCUGUCCGAUCACAUAAAGGAGUUACUUUCGUUGAUGUCAAUGAUGGCUCCUGCCUAAGAUGUCUUCAAGUUGUAACCAAGUCAGAUGUGAUGCAUGAGGGUGUAACAUUUGGAUGCUCGGUGGAGGUAGAAGGAACGCUUGUGGGUAGCAAGUCGUCUGGACAGUCUUUGGAGGUGAAGGCAGAUGACAUCAGAGUAAUAGGGCAAUGCGAUGCACAGGGAUGGGUACGAUCUGUCCGAUCACAUAAAGGAGUUACUUUCGUUGAUGUCAAUGAUGGCUCCUGCCUAAGAUGUCUUCAAGUUGUAACCAAGUCAGAUGUGAUGCAUGAGGGUGUAACAUUUGGAUGCUCGGUGGAGGUAGAAGGAACGCUUGUGGGUAGCAAGUCGUCUGGACAGUCUUUGGAGGUGAAGGCAGAUGACAUCAGAGUAAUAGGGCAAUGCGAUGCACAGGAGUACCCAUUCAAGCCAAAAAGCCGCUACUCUGGAGAUUUUCUUCGUCAGUUUCCUCAUCUACGAUCAAGAACAAAUGCUUUCGGUGCUCUAUUAAGGAUACGAAAUGCCGCAACAAUGGCAGUUCAUAAGUUUUUCCAGGAGAGAGAGUUCCUGAAUGUCCACACGCCAAUUAUUACAUCCAAUGACUGUGAAGGGGCGGGAGAAUUAUUUAGUGUUGAGUCUAUGAAGGUUGAUGUAGAGGAUGACAAGAUUCAUUUUUUCAAUGUUCCAGCGUAUCUCACAGUCUCUGGUCAGCUGCACCUAGAAGCCAUAGCAUGUUCUCAUAGCAAAGUGUACACCAUGGGACCAACUUUCAGGGCUGAGAAUUCAAGGAGUCGUAAGCAUCUAUCAGAAUUCUACAUGAUUGAGGCUGAAAUUAUCCACACAAAUACAAUAGAAGAUAUAACACAGCUAAUUGAGGAAUUGGUGAAGGAAACAACUAAGAGUAUACUUACAACAAACGAAGAAGACACUCAUUUAUUUCACAAGCAUAAAACCAUUGAAAAGAUGCUGCUGUCUAAUUUUAAUAUGAUAACUUACUCAGAAGCCAUUUCAUUACUGGAAAAACACUCAGACAAAUUUACCAAUAAUCCAUUUUGGGGUUGUGACUUAAAUACGGAACAUGAGGUGUUCUUGGUGCAAUAUUUUGAUGACACACCUGUUUUCGUGGUCAACUUUCCAAGUGCAGUUAAAGCAUUUUAUGCCAAAGACAAUAAUGACAGUUCACAGACAGUGUCUGCAGUAGAUCUGUUGGUUCCUGGUAUUGGAGAAUUAGUUGGAGGAAGCCUAAGAGAAGACAGACUUGCUGUCUUGGAGGAAAAACUUCAAAAUAACAGAUUAACUGACGAUUACCAAUGGUACUUGGAUCUGAGGAGGUUUGGUUCGGUCCCACAUGCAGGCUUUGGAAUGGGGUUUGAGCGGUAUUUACAGUUUUUACUGGGUGUGGAAAAUAUCAAAGAUGUGAUUCCAUUUCCACGCUACACGCAUUCUUGCAGAUUAUAGGAGACACAUUUUGGACACUUUAAAAGCCCAGCCCAUGUGCUUAAAGAUCAGUGGUGUCACUAGAGUAAUUGACCUUUCUGCUAACCGCCAACGCUUCGAUAUAUUAGGGAGCUUUCGCUUUGGUGCGAUGACACACGGGUUCUCAAUUUGAUCGAAUUGCAUCCUCCACACGACGACGAGAACUUAACGUUCUCGCAUGCGCAGAUAAAUAUUAGUGACGUCAUUAUGUUCUAGAUUCUACCGCAAUCGAAUGCUCCUUAUUGCUAAAUAUACGCAAACACGUAAAAACGGCCCUGUUCUGAUUGCCACUUCAGAAGGUCCAUUACACCAGAUGUUUGAAGAUCAUUGGAAGGAUUCAUUGGCAGAAUGGCAGAUAUAGCAUAAAACAUAUAUAACAUAUUAAUAACUUACAUUUAUAUAGCGCAUAUUGCACAGUGCCUCAAUGCACUUAUACAUAAAAUUAUAAAACAAAAAUCAUGAUGACUGUAUAUGUAUAAAGGUGUGGUGGCAAAACAGUGCUAGGACUUGAAGGGUCAACCAUCUGCCUCUGUCUGCCCUGGUCCCCUACCUAGAUGGCUCAACAAAGGAGCAGGUUUUACAUUAAAUCACUUACGGUAGCAGACUCCGAGCACCUGGUCGUCUGCCACAGACAACCGGGUACUCAUACCCUGUCACCAAGAUCAGGCCACUAUGAUGUAAAGGAAAAAAAAGAGAUAAAUUAUUAAACAAUUAUUUGUUGAAAUAAAUAGUUUUUAAGUAGCGACUAAAAUGUGUUCACAGAUUGUGCUGCUUUUAUAUUUAAUGGAAUAUUGUGGGGAGAUGAUGAGGAAAAGGCAAUGCUACCAUAAGUGAUUGUAAUAAUGAACACACAAGAAAUUGUACACCAUUUUAAAAAUGUGGCCCUUUAGAAAAUACUGUAUAACCAAGUCCUCUUCCUUUUUUCAUGCAUCACAUUAUGAUUUUUUUUUUUUCAUUUUUAAAGGCCUGUGUUUUUUUUAGGCAAAAAGCUAAGAACCUGAGAAAUUACUAUUCUGGGUUAUUUGCAGCCAUACAUUCAAUCUGAAACGGCGUAUCAUAGCGUCAAAGUGUACAUCACCCAAAGCAAUAAAAAAAAUAAAAAGUAUUACUUCCUCGGUGCUAAAAAUACAGUAUCAGAUUAUAAAACUAUCAGAAUAUGUUAUUAGCGAUUUUAACCGAUGUGAUUUUGAGAUGCCCUUUCUUGAAAAUGAAAUGAAAUAAGCUAAGAAUACAACAAUAUUGAGCAAUUGAAAUUUUUCUUUUCAACUUUUAUUGAAAGAAAAGCACCAGAACAAAAUAAUGUAUUUAGCAACAUACAAUAAUACUACAGUACUAUGACACAUUAGAAAGCAUUUAAUGGAAAUAAUCAUUAGAAAACAAACAGGAAAUUUCACAUUCUUUUCCAAUGUUCUGGAGAGCAUUGGUAAAUUUUCAAUGAAAGAAACUUAAGUGAAGUGUCUUAUG